AUGUUCUCAUCUCAGGUUUCAUUCCAAGAGCCUCAAUUAAGACAGGAACAUCCAGCACUUAAACAUUCGCCUCGAAGUCAUCAUCCAAAGCCAACAUACUUCUUGUCAACUCCACCGCCUUCGCCGAUGACAGCCACACUAGGGCAACCUAAUCGCUCCUGUGCAAGCUGCAAGAAGCGAAAAGUCAAGUGUGACAGGAAGACACCUUCGUGUUCAGCCUGUCAAAAGUCAAAACAUCAUUGUCAUUAUACCUCCUACUCUCCGACUACCGUGAUCACAGAAGAAACUCAAUUCAACGGAGAAGAUGAAGUAUUCAGAGCAAUGAAACAGAAGUUUGAAGAAAUUGACAAACAACGUUGGGAAACUUUUAUUAGAAAUUUUAAUCCCGCAUUGGCGGCAAAGUGCCUUAAUCAACCGCAGCAGGAAGAGCGUAACUUGGGAUUCCCAGUACAUUACUACACAGAUGAUAUCUAUAACUUAAGUCUACCGGUGGGUGUCCAGCACCCCGUGCCACCUACGUUGACUGACGCGCCAUACCAAAGUUCUUAUGUCAUUCCUCCCGUUCCAACUUCUCCAG